CAGUUCUGACUCCUUAGUACAGACGGUAAACAAAUAACAUCGCGUGUGACGAAAGAUUCGGAAAGAUAUUAGUCCAGUUUAAAAAAUUUCAAAGUUUUAUCAAAUGUAGUGUAUGUAAUGGUCAAAGUCUCAGUGCUAGUUACAACAUGAACGUUGGUUCUGUUUGAAUCACAAAAGGCAUGAAUAUGAACCUCUUAACACUGAUGAUAUCUUUGUGCGCGGAGACGUCAGCGUACAAGAUCACUCAGGUGAAGGUGCCGCUGUACGCCGACCCCCGGCGGGCGGCCGAGCUGAGUUGUCACUUCAGAAUGGACGACCACAAGCUGCACUCUGUCAAGUGGUAUCGAGACCUGCACGAGAUAUUCAGAUACAACCCCUCGCAACAGCCUCAGAUACGUUUGUUCAACGUGACCGGCGUGAUGGUUGAAGGCGGGGAGUGUGAGAGUGAUUGGUGUCUGGUGCGAGUGAUGCCCGCGCCGGAAGCGACACGGGCCGCCUACAGCUGCGAGAUAUCAACAGAAGGACCCAAGUUUAUGAUAGCGAGGGAAACUAAACACAUGACUGUUGUAGCUAUGCCAGAUAAAGACCCAGUUAUUUAUGGAGCACCGAAAUUACUGAAGCCUGGAGACCAGAUAGUCCUCAAUUGUACUUCAGAUUACUCUUUACCUCCGUCAGAUAUUAAUUGGUAUAUUAACGACGAGCUACAAAAGCCUGAGCUAUGGCAUCGCUCUGAACUAAGCGCAGUUCAACCUGGGGGUCUUCGUUCAUCGUGGCGUACUCUCAGGAUCUCCGUGCCAUCAGAUGCCAGCGGCUCGCUCCGAGUGAGAUGCGAGGCCGUUCUCACUGUCGAGCCGCCGGUUGUCCGGGACACUUCAGCUGUAAUGACCUUGUUCUCUCGUACUCAGCUAUCUAAAUAUAUGUUUAACAGAGGUUCACGGAUUGGAUAUCGAGAUUUAAUGUUAGUCUCAGUAAUGUUUAUUAAUUUAAACAGGAAACUUUCAGUAAGCUGGAGCUUAUGAGAGCAUCGUAACUAACAAUUAUGUAUUGGUGAUAUAAGCAUUUUAUAAUUAUGUUGAUAUAAAUGUUUGUAAUUGAAUAAAUUUCUGUUAAGCAUAUUAAAUCAAUGAAAGUAUUUCAAAUUAAUUAUUAUUAAGCUGUAUAACCUACAUAAAAUAAAACUAAUUAUUUUGUCAAAUAAUUUCAUAUGGUUUUAUUAGGAAUGGUAAUACGUAAGUAUCCAUCCCUACUCUAUGAUAUUGAGCAAGUAAAACACCAUACAAUGGAGCAGUUACAAAUUAUUAAGAGCUAAGAUUUAAAUAGAAUAAAAUCUGAUUCAUAAAUCUAUCAAAUGAUACAUUAUUUUCAAGUACUAUUAUAUAAUAUUGAGACACCUAAAUCAAUAUCAACUUAAAGGUUUAUUUGCUCAUAAGUCUUGCGAUAGUUUUUAACUAGUAACGUAGGUAAGGCUUUUGGAAAAAACUAGAAAACGUACUUUAAUGUUGUGCGAAGUAAAUUAGAUUAUAGAAAAGAUUAACAUUUUUUAUUAAAGGUAGGCUAUUAAACCAAAAUUAAAUUAAGCCAUCUUAUGUAAUAGUCCUAUGGUGAUGUACUCGUAUGACGAAUCUCUUAAUUUUUUCUUGUACUUGUAGUUUGAUGAUUGCCCGUAUAAAACAUAAACAUAGUUGAAUAAAUAAACAAAAUAGAAUACUGAAGGUUGAGGACUAACCCAUGAUUAUUGAUAUUAUAAACUGAUAGUUAUUUUUAUGUAUGAAAAUAUGUUUGUUGGUGAUACGACUUAAUAAAGAUUAUUGAAUAAUUGAAAAACAAAUCUAUUUUAUGCAUAUAAUGUUAGAGUAAUUUUACAAAACGCCAAAGUUCCUGGCACACGAAAGUGAGAAUAUUUCUCAUGUGUAAGAAAUAAAAUCAAAUACAUUUAUGAUUGAAAUGGAAACUGAGGCUGAGCUGUUAGCUCGGCUAUGUAACGAUCGUUCGGGUAAUCUCAUCUCGAGUCGACUUACGGCCGUUUUCAAUAACGUAUCUCUAAUUACGGAUGUAUUGAUAUUACCGUUUAAUGACAAGAUCUUAUCUAUCCAUAGUUAUGUCCAAUAUAUAUUAUUAGUUAUAGUGCAAUAGAACAUAUUAGUCUACCUCUAGUAAGUUAAACUAAGAAUAGAUAGUUUAUUGAAAACGGCCGUAAGGCAACGCGAUCAGUCAGAACAGAAGAGAACAGAGUAAGUUUAAUAGAAUAACAAAUUCUGAGGUAGUUGGAUUCCAAGUGAAAAUGUAGUUAGCCGACGAUAAUAUCACAUCGCAUUAAUUGUAAUGACACAAUGUAAUGACUUACAAAUAAUAUAUGACAGUGGUAAAAUUGUGUACAAUUCAAUAAGAGACAAAGUGUUGU